AUGUGUGUCUGCCAUAUAACGCGCUGGCUUGUUGUCAUCUGGCUCAUCGUGUCCCUGGUCCAUCUGCAGGCCAAUGCUCUCCUCCAGUACUCCGCUGCUGAACUUUUAAAACUUCGGCACCACGUCCCCGCUCCUCUUCAGCCACCGGAGCGCGGACAUGACAUCCCCCCGGGCAUCGCCUUCCAGCCCCGGCGGCGUCAUUUCACCCGUACCACAUGUUACGCAGAUUUACAGAGGUGA